AGAAAUUGUCAGUUUAAUUUGCAAUUAUCGUUGACACUAUGGGUGCAUUUAAAAUUAUUUUGUGCCUUGCGUUAUUUGGCAUGGUUUUAGCCAAACCCCAGUGGUAUACAAGCAAAGAAGGCAAAAAAUAUUUCAUUGAGGCUGAUCAGAAGUACAACUGGCUAGCAGCUAGUCAAGCUUGUACCAGAAGGAAUUUGCAAUUGGCAGAAAUCAAAUCCUUGGACAAGAAUGAAGAUCUAGUUGAAUUGCUCAAAUCUGUUUUUGGCCAUCCCAUUAACUUGUGGCUAGGUGCCAAUGAUGAGUUCAACACCAACAAGGAUCUUAAACGCCCCUUCUAUUGGUCCUCUUCUGGUAAACGCAUGGAUUAUACCAAUUGGAUCGAGGGAGGCCCUGCCAAUGCCAACUCCAAUGAACACUGCGUCCAUGUCUGUGGCAAAUCGAAAAAUUUCGAAUGGAAUGAUUUGCCAUGCACCAAGAAAAUCGGUUACAUUUGUGAAGAACAUCGUUCCGAUAAUGAUCAUCGUAAUUCGAUGCAAGAGAAAAGUCAAAAAAUUUUAGAUAUCACCAAGAAACUCUUUGAAUCUGAGCAACAUGAGCAAAAACGAUCCAUGGAAAAGAUCACUGGCAUUGUCAGUCAAGUGGUUAAGAAGAACAAUGAGAUCACCCAUAAUCUGGAGAGAAUUCAACAGAAUAUGGAAAAUGGCAACAGCAAUCGCGAUGUGAAAUUCCACAACAGAGAAUUGCGUUCUCAUGUGGAAGCUGCUUUGCAGACAGUGCAUGAUAUGGAUGGGGAGUUGCAAAAGGAAUCGGAAAAUUUCUACAGCAAGUUCUCCAAGAAAUUUAGCGAAGCUCAAAAAGCUAUUGAACAUAUUCUGGGAAAUAAGGCAAAGAAUGUAGAAAAAUAGUUUUUUAAGGCAGGGGAACAUGUCUUUAAAUAAAA